CCCGCCCCGCCCCCGCCUCGCGCGCCAACGCUUUUCGUGCGGGUGCUGGCCUCCCAGAGAGGUGCGUCAGGCCAAGAUGCGGGGCAGCCCGGCGCCCAGCUCUGCCUCGUCGUCGGCCUCCGACCUGAGCCGCAGCCCUGCGCACAGCAGGUCAGACUUGCGGCCCGGCACGUCGGGCGACUACAGCCUGAGCGCCAGCCUGUCGGCCUGCACGCUACUUUCCGAGGGGGCCGUGGAACCCAUGCAGAUUGAUGUAGAUCCACAGGAAGAUCCCCAGAAUGCACCUGAUGUCAACUACGUGGUGGAGAACCCCACCCUGGAUCUGGAGCAGUACGCAGCCAGCUACAGUGGCCUGAUGCGCAUUGAGCGGCUACAGUUUAUUGCUGACCGUUGCCCUCCACUGCGGGUAGAGGCCUUGAAAAUGGCUCUAUCCUUCGUGCAGAGGACCUUCAACGUGGACAUGUAUGAAGAGAUACACCGGAAGCUCUCUGAGGCCACCAGGGAGCUGCAGAAUGCACCUGAUGCCAUCCCUGAGAGUGGAGUGGAGCCCCCACCCCUGGACACAGCCUGGGUGGAGGCCACUCGGAAGAAGGCCCUGUUGAAACUGGAGAAGCUGGACACGGACUUGAAGAAUUAUAAGGGCAAUUCUAUCAAAGAGAGCAUCAGGCGCGGCCAUGAUGACCUGGGUGACCACUACCUGGACUGUGGGGACCUCAGCAAUGCCCUCAAAUGUUACUCACGAGCCCGAGACUACUGCACCAGUGCUAAGCAUGUCAUCAACAUGUGCCUCAACGUCAUCAAGGUCAGUGUCUACUUGCAAAAUUGGUCUCAUGUGUUAAGCUACGUCAGUAAGGCUGAGUCUACUCCAGAGAUUGCUGAGCAGCGCGGAGAGCGAGACAGCCAGACGCAAGCCAUCCUCACCAAGCUCAAGUGUGCUGCAGGCUUGGCUGAGCUGGCUGCACGAAAGUAUAAGCAAGCUGCUAAGUGCUUCCUUCUGGCUUCCUUUGAUCACUGUGAUUUCCCAGAGCUGCUGUCCCCCAGCAAUGUGGCUGUCUAUGGUGGCCUGUGUGCCUUAGCCACCUUUGACCGGCAGGAGCUGCAGCGCAAUGUCAUCUCCAGCAGCUCCUUCAAGUUGUUCCUGGAGCUGGAGCCACAGGUCAGAGACAUCAUCUUCAAAUUCUAUGAGUCCAAGUAUGCCUCAUGCUUGAAGAUGUUGGAUGAGAUGAAGGACAACCUGCUCUUGGACAUGUACCUGGCCCCUCAUGUCAGGACACUGUACACCCAGAUUCGUAAUCGGGCUCUCAUCCAAUACUUCAGCCCCUAUGUGUCAGCUGAUAUGCACAAGAUGGCCGCAGCCUUCAACACAACAGUUGCAGCUCUGGAAGAUGAGCUGACACAGCUCAUCCUGGAGGGGCUUAUUAAUGCUCGCAUCGAUUCACACAGCAAGAUACUGUAUGCUCGAGAUGUGGAUCAGCGCAGCACCACCUUCGAGAAGUCCCUGCUGAUGGGCAAGGAGUUCCAACGACGUGCCAAAGCCAUGAUUCUGAGAGCCGCUGUGCUACGCAACCAGAUCCAUGUCAAGUCUCCUCCUAGAGAAGGGAGCCAAGGGGAGCUGACUCCAGCAAACAGCCAGUCACGGAUGAGCACCAACAUGUGAAAGGCAUUCCCGUGACCGUCAGACUCUGCCAUGGAAGCAGCACCUGGGCCUCCUGCCUGCUUGCCUCAAGAUGAGACUCCAAACUCUGUGUGGUUCAUUAGAGCAGACUGGCCACUCGGAUGCUGGGUCACUGGCCUUCCGCUCUGAGCUCCCCUCUGCUGUGGUAGGCAGGCUGCCCAUGUGGCCACUGGGGCCUGACUCUAGGUUCCUGUCCCAAUGAAACAGACCAUGUGCAAUUCCCAGGUAAGGGCACUCAGACCCUUCCUGUCCAUGUAGUUCUGACUACAGCAGUGUCCCUAUCCGAGUAGUCCAUUAAAGUACACAUUGAUCAUUG